AAAAAAUUCUUGUUUCUUUGAUAGCUGAAACCUUCCACAUACUCUGCUCUUUUGAUACCUCCAACCUUUCAUCUCCUUAUUUUCAUCUGUCACACUCAAUUAAAUAUCAAAAAUUUUAGUGUGUUUUCCUUCUCCUGCUGUCGUUUCCCUUUUUGAUAUCUGCUGUUGCACAAUUCCCAUCUAUUUCUAGAGAAAGAAAACUUGGGAAAUGGCAGAAAUUCUUAUUUCCAUUGCAGCAAAAGUUGCAGAGUACCUGGUUGCUCCCAUUGUACGUCCACUGGGUUACCUGUUUAACUACCGUAGCAACCUUGAUAACCUUGAGGAACAAGUUGACAAGCUGGGUGAUGCAAGGGAGAGGCGGCAGCGAGAUGUGGAUGACGCUAAUAGGCAAGGGGAUGAGAUCGAACCUGAUGUCCAGAAGUGGCUGACACGUACAGAAGGGAUCAUCCAAACGGCAAAGGAAUUGAUUGAAGAUGAGAAGGCUGCAAGCACGAGCUGUUUCAAUUUAAAGUUGCGGUACCAGCGAAGCAGGCAAGCGAAGAAGCAGUCUGGGGAUAUUGGUAAAAUCCAAGAAGAAAAUAAAUUUAACAGGGUAUCAUAUGGCCUUCCUCCACAAGGGAUAUGGUCUCCACGCCUCAGAGAUUGUGGAGCUUUGGAAUCGAGGGCAUCUAUUUUAAACGAAAUUAUGGAGGCCUUGAGAAAUGAUGAUAUCAGAAUGAUUGGUGUGUGGGGGAUGGGCGGUGUGGGCAAAACCACUCUUGCCAAUCAAGUAGCGAAAAAGGCCGAGGAAGAUAAGUUAUUUGAAAAGGUGGUUAUGGCAUUAAAUAUAUCCCGAGUUCCGAACGUGACAAAAAUUCAAGGAGAAAUUGCAAGCAUGUUAGGUUUGAAAUUUGAGGAGGAAGAGGAAUCGGGAAGAGCAGCCCGCUUAAGCAAAAGUUUGCAAAAAAAUAAGACGGUCCUGGUGAUUCUGGAUGAUAUUUGGGAAGAACUUAGUCUGGAAAACAUCGGAAUUCCUCAUGGAGAUGCUCAUAGGGGGUGUAAAGUGCUGCUGACUUCCAGAAAACAGGGUGUGUUAUCUAGAAAGAUGGCUACUCAAAAAAACUUCCGUGUUCAACAUUUAUGUGAAGAGGAAGCCUGGAGUUUAUUUAAGAAGACAGCAGGUGAUUCAGUGGAGCAGCUUAAAUCCAUAGCAAUUAAAGUACUUAGAGAAUGUGAUGGUCUACCAGUUGCCAUUGUAACAGUUGCAAAGGCGUUAAAAGGCGAGAGUGAUGAGGCUGUGUGGAACAAUGCUUUGCUAGAACUGGAGAAUUCUGCAGCAAUAAACAUCGAGGACGUGCAUGAAAAAGUAUACUCAUGUCUGGAGUUGAGCUACAACCACUUGAAAGGUGAUGAAGUGAAGCGUUUGUUCUUACUUUGUGGUAUGCUGGGCUAUGGUGAUAUUUCACUGGAUCAAUUGUUAAAAUAUGGCAUGGGUUUGGAUUUGUUUGAACACGUGAGUUCAUUGGAGCAAAUAAGAAAUAAACUAGUGACAUUGGUCAAAAUCCUCAAAGACUCGAGCUUGCUGCUUGAUGCUGAAGAUCGUUAUCGGUCAGGUGUGGGGCCAGGUGUGUUUUUCGGAAAUAAUGAUGAAAACAAGUUUGUCAGAAUGCAUGAUGUUGUUGGUGAUGUUGCCAGAGCAAUUGCAGCAAAAGAUCCUCAUCGAUUUGUUGUGAUCAAAGAAGCUCUUGGAUUAGAAGAAUGGCAAAGGAAGGAGGAGUUCAGAAAUUGCAGUCGUAUAUCUUUGCAAUGCGGAGAUCUCCGUGAGCUUCCGGAAAGAUUGGUAUGUUCCAAACUUGAAUUCUUUUUAUUGAAUGGUAAUGAUCCGUCUUUGAGAAUUCCAAACACCUUUUUUCAAGAGACGGAACUACUAAAAGUUUUGGACUUGUCUGCAAGGCAUCUUACACCACUGCCUUCAUCACUUGGUUUUCUUUCCAAUCUUCGAACAUUGCGUGUAUACCGAUGCACACUCCAAGACAUGGCAUUAAUCGGAGAGCUAAAGAAACUACAAGUUCUUAGUUUUGCAAGUUGCGAAAUUGAACGGUUGCCGAAAGAAUUCAUGCAAUUGACUGAUCUAAGGGUGCUGGACUUGUGGGAUUGCUCUCAUCUCGAAGUAAUUCCCCAAAAUGUCAUAUCAAGUUUAUCUCGAUUGGAGCAUUUAUGUUUAGCAAAAAGUUUUACCAAAUGGGGGGCUGAAGGAUUUGGUAGUGGAGAAAGCAAUAAUGCUUGCCUUUCUGAGCUGAACAACUUGUCCUAUUUGAAGACUUUAUAUAUAGAAAUAACGGUACCCAAUUUGCUAUCAAAAGAUCUGGUCUUUGAGAAGCUUACCAGAUAUGUGAUAUCAGUGUAUUCCAUUCCAGGAUAUGUUGAUCAUAAUAGAUCCGCAAGAACGUUGAAGCUCUGGAGGGUUAACAAACCUUGCUUGGUGGACUGCUUUUCCAAGCUGUUCAAGACAGUUGAAGUUUUAGAAUUGCAUGACUUGGAGGACACUAAGCAUGUCCUUUACGAGUUUGAUACAGAUGAUUUUCUUCAACUCAAGCAUCUUGUUAUCGGAAAUUGUCCUGGGAUUCAAUACAUUGUUGACUCGACCAAAGGGGUCCCAUCACACAGUGCCCUUCCUAUCUUGGAGGAAUUGCGUCUUGGGAAUCUCUAUAACAUGGAUGCAGUAUGCUAUGGUCCAAUUCCAGAGGGAUCUUUUGGGAAGUUACGUUCUCUACUAGUGAUUGGUUGUAAGAGGUUGAAAUCUUUCAUAUCCCUUCCGAUGGAGCAAGGAAAGAAUGGAUCGGUGUUACCUGAAAUGGGAUCCUUGGAUUCGACACGGGACUUCUCCUCCACAGGAAGCAGUGCUACCCAGGAGUUAUGUACGAGUGAUGUUCCCACACCAUUCUUCAAUGAACAGGUUACACUCCCUAGCUUGGAGGACUUGACAAUGGAAUCCUUGGAUAAUGUGAUAGCAAUUUGGCACAACCAACUUCCUCUAGAGUCUUGUUGCAACUUUAAAAGUUUGGAAAUAUCAAAGUGCAACAAAUUACUAAAUGUUUUUCCAUCCAAUAUCCUAAAAGGGUUACAAAGUUUGGAAUAUGUGAAAAUAGAUGAUUGUGAUUCCAUAGAAGAGAUUUUUGAUCUACAGGGAGUAAAUUGCAAGGAAAUUCAUGAUAUUGCAACCAUUCCAUUGCUUCAUUUGUUUUUAGAGAGGCUAAAUAGUUUGAAGAGUGUAUGGAAUAAGGAUCCUCAAGGACUUGUCUCCUUUCAAAACCUACUGUUCUUAAAAGUUGCUAGGUGUCCUUGUUUAAAAUAUCUUUUUCCAAUUACGGUAGCAGAAGGCCUUGUGCAACUUCAUGAACUACAGAUAAUAAAUUGUGGAGUGGAGGAAAUUGUUGCAAAUGAACAUGGAGAUGAAGUAAAGUCUUCAUUAUUCCCUAAACUAACCUCUCUCACACUCGAAGGAUUAGACAAACUCAAAGGUUUCUACCGAGGAACACGUAUUGCAAGAGGGCCACAUUUGAAAAAGCUAAUUAUGUUGAAAUGGGAUCAAGUGGGGACACUUUUUCAAGAAAUAGAUUCAGAAGGUUAUAUUGAUAGUCCAAUUCAACAAUCUUUCUUCUUGUUGGAAAAGGAUGCAUUCCUUAAUUUGGAGCAAUUGAUCUUAAUGGGCCCCAAGAUGAAAAUAUGGCAAGGCCAAUUUUCAGGGGAGUCAUUUUGCAAGCUGAGACUUUUGAGGAUAAGAGAGUGUCACGACAUUUUGGUUGUGAUCCCCUCCAAUGUGCUUCCAAAGUUGCAUAAUCUAGAGGAACUUCAUGUGAACAAGUGUAAUUCAGUGAAAGAGGUAUUCGAACUUGUUGAUAAGGAAUAUCAAGUUGAGACAGGUCAAAUUUUUAAGAAUCUUCAUUCUCUAGAAGUACGUGGUUGUGGAAAUUUAAUAUAUCUGGUGACUUCCUCAAUGGCUAAAACAUUGGUGCAGCUCAAAGUGCUUACUAUAGAAAAAUGCGAAUUGGUGGAAGAAAUAGUCAGACAUGAGGGAGGUGAAGAACCAUAUGAUAUUGUUUUCUCCAAAUUACAAAGGUUGAGACUUGUUCACUUACAAAGUCUAAAAUGGUUCUGCUCAACUAGAUGUAUCUUCAAAUUCCCAUCCUUGGAACAAUUUGAGGUGAAAGGAUGCCCUCAGAUGGAAUAUUUUUGUGAGACAGUCCCAAGUACACCAAGGGUAAAGGAAGUAAAAAUUGACGAUCAUGCGGAAGAGCAUUUUUUGGGGUGUGACAUCAAUACCAUCAUCCAUAAUACAGCUUUGGAGAAGGUAUAUAUCUUGAAAUUUUCUAAUGUCAUUAUAUUAUAAACACUAUUUUUCACCUUCGCGAUUCUUUAGAAAUUUGUGAAUUCUAAUUUUAUUUCUUUUUCAUCUCUCAGAAAUUUGUCUAACUGUGAGAAAAAGACACAGAGCAAACCCAUAUAAUGUUUGUGUUAUGUUUAGUCUGUUUAAUUUUUUAGUACAAGGAACCUGAUUUGAUGGAAGCAGAAUUCUGCAUGGGUUUGUAUGGAUCCUUUUAUGCUCUUAUUGUUUGUUGUUGCUUAGUUUAUUGUCUAUUUGGGUUAAGUUUGCUUUGUUAGUUGUUAAUUGUUCCCUUAGCUUAGUAGCUAUACCUACCAAUCUUUGAUGCCUAACCUUUAAAACAUGAGUAACCAUUCCUAGGAAUUUCAACAAAUUUAAAGGCAAGCAUGAAGAGGUCAAGGGGUUUUUUGUGCAAAAAGUGUUUGCCAAAAUAUUCAUACAUAGAUUUUCAGUUAGUUUAAAUGUAGAC